CACUUCAAGUAUUCUAGGCAUUGUGUGGCCACCGGGGCGAAGCUGUCCUUUGGUUUUCACAUCCCGAAACUUGGCUACGCUUCGCCAUCCCUUUAGCUGAUCGUAGCUGGUCUUUAUUUGAAUGAGUUUUGCAAAGAGGCCAACUCACGAGUAGAAAGAAAAAUGUUGACACCGGCGUUCGAGCUAAAACAAGAUGAUGACUUCUUAAUAAUUGAGAUCAAGGCACCGUACUCUAAGAUUUCGGAGGCGGAGAUCUACUUCUACGAAGAGGAGUUCAAGUUUUACUCCAAGCCGUACUACUUAAGACUGCACUUGCCUGGAAAAGUAGUUGAAAAUGGUCGCGAGAUGGCAAAAUAUAUUUCUGACAAUGGCACAUAUGUGGUUCACAUGCCAAAGCAGAGUCCAGGGCAGGUUUUCACUGACCUGGAUCUUUUGACCAAGCUCUUAGCACCAAGUCCGAGGGCAGCAUCUGCAAGACCGGUGAUAGAAGUUCUUGAGAACCUGUCUGCCACUGACGAGGAGCCACCUCAAGUGGAAGAAGACUGGCACGUGGAACAAAUGCCAUGGACACCUCAGGAUGAAGUCUCUCUACUAGAGGGCAGUGUCCGGAAGUAUGGCUUUGACAGGCAGAGGACAGGUGUCAUCGCACGUUUCAAGGAGGAGAUGUCUGACCUGGUGGACAUUGCUGAUCCUGAAUGCAAGAGCGUCCAGGAAGCCCGGAAGGAGCGUCUGAAGGCAGAAGAGGGCCACUUCAGUGCAGAACACUACCUAGCUGACCGUUAUGAACCUGCUGGCGUGGAGCAAAUCUUGGGCUAUGAGGCCCCCUGGUGGAACCUGGCAACGCGCUUGGAUGGCAGCGGUGAUACAACUGAGGACCUCUUUAGUUUCACAGAAGCAGAAAAGACCAAGAUGCGUACUCUUCCCCGCAAGGAAUAUCUGCUGGACAAGCAGCUGGAGCUGUCCCUGCAGCUUGGCCUGGUGGAUAUCCUGUUCGCUUACGCCUACAACAAGCGGGUCACUGAGGGCGAAGAUACGGUGGAGUCUGGUUGGAACAUAAGCAAGAUCAGUGCAACGCUGUCAUGGUUUGAGGAGUUCUGGUCCUUGGAGCAGACGGUCAGGAGCUGUUUUCGGCGGUGCCUCACCUACCCACUGUACCGUCACUGGGGUCUCACUUAUGCUGUGCUCGGGGAUGUCAUUCAAAUCCUGCAGCUGGGUCCCCGGUAUGUUCUCAGAUGCCUUCUUGAAAUCCAUGGCAUAUUCAGCCAUCAUGACUCCAGGUACAUCCUUAAUGAUCUAUAUAUCACAGACUAUGCAGUGUGGAUACAGUCCAUUAGUCCAAAGCGCCUGCAGUCUUUAGCAAAUGCUCUGAAACAGGUUAAGGUUCGGAAAGCUGACCUAGGCCUGGACAUUCCUGAGCUUGAGCGUGCAGCGAAGCUUGCCAUUGCAGAAGCAGCUGUUGAGGAGACCACAGCUUCCAACAGCAUCAGAGCAGCCAUGCAGGCACUGUGCAUCUCCAAUCCUCUGGCUUCAACGUGUGAAGGCACUGCUUCAAGUGCCAAUAACAUCAUUGCUGAACCGGAGAGUCGGCAUAGAGAUGAUGAUAAUGAUAGCACCAGCAGCGACAACAGCUCAUGGAGUGAUGGGGAAAGUGACUCAUCAGACUCAACAAGUGAUUCGAGCUCAGAUUCAGAACUGGACUCGGAUGAUGACGAAAUUGCUGCAGCUGGCAUGAGUCAUCGUGGUGACAGUGUGUCUGUGACCUCCAACAGUGAUUCUGACAGUGAUGACUCUGAUGGGAGCAGCUCAGGAGCAGAAGGUGUUGACCAGUGCCUGCUGUUUGUCAAAGAUGCUGAACCUGAGAAGCACCGCUAAUGAUUUCCACCUGAGAAACACUGAGUGCCUAAUUCAGUUGUCUGCCUGUGAAUUUGCGAAGCCUCUCGCUGAUUGCCCUGUGGCUCUUUCUCUCCUCAGGACAGUGCUUUGCAUGUUGAGGGGGGCUGUGGGGUGUGGUGCUGAGGAGCUUGGGUACAGCCACAUUAAGGAGUACUUACUGCACUCUGUCGGCCUGCAUAAGCAUGGAGUGAUAUCCUCAGCCACCUGACACUUGGAAGCACACUAGUUGUUAAACUGUAGGCUGUGGUGUCUUGUAGAGAAUCCACUGUGUGAGGAAACAUUGUGUUGGCCCUGCGCCCACUUGGAGAACCAGAACGCUCAGUGGCAUGCAUAAGUGCAGUGGGUUGCCCUUGAAUGUUACUCCUCACAGAGCAUUUUGACUGACGGCCGCCCUUUUUUCUGCUUAAGCUGCUGAAUAGCCACUGUGCAGCCAGAUGAUGGCAGGAAAUGAUUACGCGCACCGUGAAGAUGAUCGGAAGAAGUAGAAGCACAACUUAUAGGGCAAUAGGGUGUGCACUGUGCUUACAUACACAGAAGCAUGGAAGUAGUUUGUUUUCUGUAAACUUAAAAUGAAACAGCGCAUAACAAUUCAGACUAAGCACUGAUCAUGAACAGAAUGUGUGAGGGCAUUGAAUAUGCCAUGGUUAGGUAAGACUGCAACACAGGGAGGAGCUGGGUAGAGUGAUGACAGCAUUCAUUGUGCCCUAGCCAGCCAGUAUUCACUUAUGAUCCUGUUUUGCUGACCCAAGCAAUUUCUACUCUCAAACAUAGCUUGCAUGAAGUACACUUGCUCGUUAACACACUUGCCAGUAAUUGAAAAGCCCUAACCUUUACAUUAGUGAGUAUCUAAGCAUUGUUAAGGAGCUGUGCAAGCCCAGUCUUAUGUUUCUUUGCACUGGAGCAUUGCUUUACAUCAGUCCUGCUGAAUGUAGCUUAGCACAUAAUGAGGUUCAAGCUAGCAGUAGCAUUUGCGAGAUGCAAAAGUUCGCGUGAGAAUGCCUAAUAAAAAAUAUAAUAAUAAAAAAAGUGCACUUGUACUGUGCAUGUCAUGCCUGAGAAUAAGGAGCAGGGUGUGUGCCAAGGACUAUCUGGUUACAUAUUUCAGCUGAGGUGAGUUGCUAGUGCAACAUAGAUCACCCUGUGCCCUCACUCCUGUGCCUAUGUUUGAGCAAAAGUACCUGUCAUGUUGUCUUUUUGAAACCUUUGUGCCAUUGCAGGGCUUUCCUCAUUCAAGGCACCUGCUCGUCUGCCCUGAAUUUUAAUCUGUGACUAGAUGUUAAAACAAGCUUUCUGAAUGCCUCAAAACAGGCAUUCAUAACCAUAGAUGAUCUGUGCGUGACAGGAUCGCUUGUUUUACGGUGUAUUUGUCAAAUGUGCAUUUUGAUGUGUGUAUUGUAAGUGAGAAUUCAACAUGCAUGUCUGUAAUGCCCUCAUACCUUACUUAACGAAGUUGCAUCCACCACAAAAAUACCUUCAAUAUAUUUGUUAUUAUAAGCAUA